AUGCCGACUCUCAACGGGGCAGAGAAAAUUGGGCAAGUAAAGCAGCCUCAAGAACUCAGCACAAUGCAGACUAAUAUCAACAAAGACUCCCGAAUGGAGACUGAAAUGGAUGCCACCAUGGAUACAGGUCAUGCUGCCUCAAACGCAGGAUACACGGGUGAUACAUAG